AUGGCUGUGUUCAUCAUGUUGUACAAUGGCUGUGUCAUCAAGUUGUACAAUGGCUGUGUUCAUCAAGUUGUACAAUGGCUGUGUUCAUCAAGUUGUACAAUGGCUGUGUUCAUCAAGUUGUACAAUGGCUGUGUCAUCAAGUUGUACAAUAGCUGUGUUCAUCAAGUUGUACAAUGGCUGUGUUCAUCAAGUUGUACAAUGGCUGUGUCAUCAAGUUGUACAAUGGCUGUGUUCAUCAAGUUGUACAAUGGCUGUGUCAUCAAGUUGUACAAUGGCUGUGUCAUCAAGUUGUACAAUGGCUGUGUUCAUCAAGUUGUACAAUGGCUGUGUUCAUCAAGUUGUACAAUGGCUGUGUUCAUCAAGUUGUACAAUGGCUGUGUUCAUCAAGUUGUACAAUGGCUGUGUUCAUCAAGUUGUACAAUGGCUGUGUUCAUCAAGUUGUACAAUGGCUGUGUCAUCAAGUUUUACAAUGGCUGUGUUCAUCAAGUUGUACAAUGGCUGUGUUCAUCAAGUUGUACAAUGGCUGUGUCAUCAAGUUGUACAAUGGCUGUGUCAUCAAGUUGUACAAUGGCUGUGUCAUCAAGUUGUACAAUGGCCGUGUUCAUCAAGUUGUACAAUGGCUGUGUUCAUCAAGUUGUACAAUGGCUGUGUUCAUCAAGUUGUACAAUGGCUGUGUUCAUCAAGUUGUACAAUGGCUGUGUUCAUCAAGUUGUACAAUGGCUGUGUUCAUCAAGUUGUACAAUGGCUGUGUUCAUCAAGUUGUACAAUGGCUGUGUUCAUCAUGUUGUACAAUGGCUGUGUUCAUCAAGUUGUACAAUGGCUGUGUUCAUCAAGUUGUACAAUGGCUGUGUUCAUCAAGUUGUACAAUGGCUGUGUUCAUCAAGUUGUACAAUGGCUGUGUUCAUCAAGUUGUACAAUGGCUGUGUUCAUCAAGUUGUACAAUGGCUGUGUUCAUCAAGUUGUACAAUGGCUGUGUUCAUCAAGUUGUACAAUGGCUGUGUCAUCAAGUUGUACAAUGGCUGUGUCAUCAAGUUGUACAAUGGCUGUGUUCAUCAAGUUGUACAAUGGCUGUGUCAUCAAGUUGUACAAUGGCUGUGUUCAUCAAGUUGUACAAUGGCUGUGUUCAUCAAGUUGUACAAUGGCUGUGUGAUCAAGUUGUACAAUGGCUGUGUUCAUCAAGGUUCUUUCUGUAACCUUUCCAUUCCUUUGCUAGGAUCCUCAUCAUUAAUUCUGCAGUUAGAGUCCAGAACUCGAAAGCGUAUGUGGCCAUGA